AUGGCCGAGGAGAUGCACCCAGAGCUUCGAGAGCUACUUGCGGGCGUCCGAAAAAAGAGGGCAUUCAGCCCUAGCGUAUGGGUUGCCAAGAAGGUAGAUGCAUUGAAUGAGUAUGCAAGGAAAACAGGAAUUGCAGGAUGUAUCGUGAAUCUCUCUGGAGGCAUUGAUUCUGCCGUCACUUUUGCUUUGCUUGCUCGUUCGAAGGCCGCAGAAAAGUCCCCUAUCACUAGAGUCCUUGGGCUGGCUCAGCCUAUUUUGUCAACAGCAUCGAUCCAGAAUCGUGCCUAUGAGCUGUCCAGCUAUGGAGAGAUAGUAACGGUUGAUCAGACAGACAUCUUUAUGUCACUGACAUCGCUAGUAGAAGACGCUUGCGGUAUUAGGGGCAAGGAGUUUGCAAGAGGUAACCUUAAGUCGUAUAUGCGGACGCCUGCCGCCUUCUACGUAGCGCAACUUCUUUCUCAGGAGGGCACGCCAUCUGUAGUCGUGGGGACAGGAAACUAUGAUGAGGACGGCUUUCUCUACUACUUUUCUAAGGCAGGAGAUGGCGUUUCAGACAUCCAACUGAUUCACGAUUUGCAUAAGAGUGAGGUGUUUGCAGUUGGCAGGUACCUAGGUCUCCCUGAAUCUAUUUUGGAUGCACCGCCCAGUGCUGACCUUUGGGAAGGUCAAACAGAUGAGGAGGAAAUAGGUGCAAGUUAUGACUUUGUGGAGCUUUAUGUAUCCCUAGAGAAGGACGCAGAAUUAAAGAAGACACUGGAGACCGUGUCACGUGACGCACAAUUACAGUAUGAAAAAGUUGGAAGGCUGUUAGAAAGUAUACAUGUUAAAAAUGGACAUAAGAAAGUGUUCCCAUUGAACAUCUGA